GUAAUAUUUACUACGUGUUCAGAUGAUAGCAUCUUCAAUCUGAUUGUUUUUAAAUUAAAAUAAUAAUAAUGUCUUCAUUUAGUGCUGCCGUAAACAGCUUGGGUCAGAGUGGGCCACCUUGUCUGACCCCUCUCUCUAUCAGGAAAUCUCCCGAUUCCAACCUCACACGAGCUUUACUUUGGGCGUGUAUAUUUUUGAUUGUGUUUACAUCAUGCCUGGUCAAAGGUGCCGAUGUUGGGUCUGGUACUGUCACCGGUCAAAAUAAUAUGAUUGACGCAAACACACAUAUUGGAAACGACUGUAUUAUUGGAGAUAAUGCGAUUAUCACAACUACGAGUAUUGGGAACGGUGUUAAUAUUGCAAGCAACCAGGUUAUCAGAAGUUCUUAUAUUGGCGAUGGUUGUAGAAUUGGAAAUAACGAAGUUAUAACAAAUUCGUAUAUUGGCAGCGGUUGCAAGAUUGCUAACAAUGAUGUUGUCACAAACUCAAAUAUUGGGAGCCAUUGUACUAUUGGAAACAAUGUGAAUAUCAUAGGAAGCCGAAUUAUGAAUAAUGUGUGGCGACGCCACUACAAACUAGUGACCAACAGAUGGCGCUAUCACUACUUCACUAUGGCACACUCCGCCGCUCAUACAAACCUGCAUCGCGGUGACGGAGUUUUAGAUCCUGCCAAAGUAUAUAUAGACAAACCAAGAUGGUGUAAAUUGGACCUUGGUCCCCGAGCAUAACACCCGCUCGGAAGGAAGCACUAACAUCUAGCUUCCUUAUUGUGAUUGAGCAUCAUAUCCCACAUUGGUGACCCCGACGUGAUGUGAGACGCAACCUCCAUCACCACCAUCUUCGGCAUCAGCCUCCGCCAUCCUCACCAUCUCCGCCACUCCGGCAUCAUCAGCUCCAGUCUUCAACGAGCCAGCAUCCAGCCUUCAAGGGACCAUCGCAGAUCGCAAACCGACCUUCCUGGUUCCUCGGCAGCAAGCAACCGUCACUUCACUGGUCACGGGUACAGCUCUGGCCCAGCUCCACGCCCGACCAUCGAAGACGCCUCCGCUCACUAUCCCGACUCACCGUGGAUAGAGCACCGCAACCUGCUCGUCUCGACUC